UACACGUGGGCGGCUAGAAAAUGGUGGCCCAUCUGACAAGUGAAACUAUCUUAUUUUUCAGGCAGAAAAUUACUGACGAGAUGUAAAGCUCAGAUCUUUAACACGUGUGUCCGCGUGCACGUGUGGAGUUAGCACAACCUCCCUCUCUUGGUCACAUUUAAAUUUGGCUGGAACUUUCCGUACUGUUCGCAGCUCCUCUCUUCUUUCCCUGAAAAUAGGGAAAGCUCUAAACCCUUUGCGCAGAGCUUCUGAAAAAUAAAUAAAAGGAGGAGAAAAGAAAAAAAAAAAGCCAAAAAUCCAGUGUCAGAUUCGACCGUUAGAACUGGCGGGAAGGAGAUGGCGGUUGAAACGGAGGCUGCUGCUUCACAGCUGAAGGCGCUCUCUGAAACUAAUAUAAAUUGGGAGAGGUUGGACAAGACGAGGUUUCACAUCAAUGGAGCUAUACUAUUUACGGCUCAAUCCGCCUUAUUGCAUCCAACAGCAGUUGUGAAGACUAGAAUGCAAGUGGCUGGAGCUGAUUUGGCUCACAUGCGUGGUUUUUCGGUUUUUAGGAACAUAUUAAGAAACGAUGGAAUUUCUGGUAUAUUCAGAGGUUUUGGUACUUCUGCAAUCGGAUCCAUGCCUGGUAGGGUAUUGGCCUUGACUUCGCUCGAAGUUUCAAAAGAAAUGAUGCUGAAAUCCAUGGAAGGUUCGGAUAUGCUCGAGGCAACCCGUAUUGCUAUGGCAAAUGGAGUGGCAGGAAUGGUCUCAAAUCUUGUUUCCUGUGCGUAUUUCGUUCCUCUGGAUGUGAUCUGCCAGAGACUGAUGGUGCAAGGUCUUCCAGGAAUUACCUUGUAUAGUGGCCCAUUUGAUGUUAUCCGGAAAGUGCUCAGAACUGAGGGAUUUCGUGGUCUAUAUAGAGGAUUUGGAAUAACAGUAGUGACCCAAUCUCCUGCUUCAGCACUUUGGUGGGGUGCCUAUGGUGCUGCUCAACAUUCCAUUUGGAGGAGCUUGGGCUAUGGCGAUGAUGCAGAGAAGAAGCCAUCACAUUUGGAGAUGGUGACUGUUCAGGCUACGGCUGGAACAAUUGCUGGGGCUUGUUCGUCAGUUCUUACUACUCCCAUAGACACAAUAAAGACAAGACUUCAGGUUAUGGAUAAUUUCGGUGCUGGACGACCGUCAGUUAUCAAGACAACAAAGAUGCUCCUCAAGGAAGAUGGAUGGAGAGGAUUCUACCGAGGAUUUGGACCACGGUUUCUAAACAUGUCACUAUGGGGGACUUCGAUGAUUGUUACAUAUGAAUUGAUAAAGAGAUUGUCAGUGAAGAACGAGUGAUGUUCCAAUGCAUUCUAUGUAACUCGCUGAUUGUCACGGGUUCCAAAUUUUCUGUCUCGGAAGUUGGAGGUUUUUUCACGCAAAAGCUGAGUCAAUGGAAGGUAGGCUCAUGGAUUGCAUAAUUCUCCAACCGGAUUUUGGCAGCAUUUCAGGAUUUUG